AUGGCAACUCUGCGAAAACGAAGAGCUGCCAGAAAAGUCACAAAUACUGAUUAUGAGUAUGAAAUAGGUACGUUGAGCGAACAAGAGAUCAACGUAAGUUCACAAAAUACUGUUGUGAGCGAACAAAAUGAUAGCGACUUUAGUGAAGAGGGAGACAGCAACCAAAAUGAAGUUGCUGUUGUUCAGGAAGGGGAACAAAGUUGUUCAGAAGAAAACGAACCCGACCAGUCACCAAGGGCAAAGUGGCUACGAAAAUGGAAAAGAUCAGACCCAGGACUUUGUUGCGUUUGUAUAGAUGAAGAUGCAACUAAAGAAAAUGUUCUUGUUUACUGUGAUGGCAAAGAAUGUGAUGUCGUCGUACAUCAAGACCCAUGGUACUGUGAUCGUUGUAUUGCGAUGCCUUCGGAAGCAGUGCACUGCGUCUUGUGUCCCAAUGACAAUGGAGCUUUUCGAAAAGUAAGGGCUUCUUGUGAUCCUAAUGAUCCAUUGGUUUGGAUACACAUUUUAUGCGCAUUUUGGAUGCCGGGCAUGCAUAUUGGUUCGGCUCUUGACUUGAGAGACAUUCAAGUCGUGAAUGUCGAUCCAAAGAACUGGGGUAAAAAAUGCAACGUCUGUAACAGUGAUGAAGGAGCGUCAAUACAUUGUGAUGCUGGACAGUGUAAGAAUUGGAUUCACGCAACGUGUGCGGUGUCCUUUGGGCUCACCGAAUACUUGGAAGAACAGGACAUCUCGGACCCGUAUUUUAUCUACUGCAGACUACAUGGGUCAGGUGAUCAACCUCGGAAAAGCAAAGUCGAAAGGUGGAUCCGAAAGCGAGACAUGUUCCUUGAGGACGAAUCCUCCAGACGCUGGAAAGAGCGUAGUUCUCAAUUCCAGGACGGGGAGCCCGGUGGAAAUAUUCGAGAAAUUUUCGAAGAUACGUAUGCUGAGUACACCUCACAACGCGAGAAACGAAUUACGGAUAUCCGGCGACGAUUCGUGCGGCUAUCAUCAAAAUAUAGCGCCCUUCUUGAAACGAAGGAAAAGACAAUAAACAACGCAAUAGAUUUUCGGGUAAAGAUCCCUAUUGCGAAGGCCGAACAAAAUGCCUUAAAAAAUUAUUUUGAUAAAGCAAGUAAGGCCGUUAUAUCUUUGGUCCCACAAAUGCGGAACGUUAAUGUCGAGACUAGUGACGAGGCAAUGAAAAUCGAAAACUUAAUGGAAACGAUGACGAGUAUUGCCAAGAUUCGCUGGACUACAGAAGCAAGAACAACCGCAAAAACCAUCAAAGUAAGUCAGCUUAACACACACGAGGUGAGAUCCUUAAACAUCAAAAGUGUUGUUAAAGCAUUGGCCAAAGCGGCCAAAGAAGAGAAAGAAAGGGCUCGUCAAAAAGGGCGACGAGGUGGAUUCAAGGGUAGGGGCAGGCCCAAGGCACCAAUUAAAGUAAAAGAGAAGGCCGCGGGUCAAAAAGAAACUCCGGAAGGCGAUGAAGGUGGAGAACAACGAUCGCCUAAGAGAACAACAAGAUCUCGGGUCGCAAAUGUCAAAAGAAAGUCAAAGCAAAUCGAAGAUGAAAGUGGCAAUCAAAAAGAUACGGAAUCAGCAGAAAAAACCAACGCGCCUAAAAAAUUAUCAAAACCUCGGUUGAAGUUCAUUAGGCGAGAUGACAAGUUAGCAGCAGAAAUUGCAAAGAGAGGACCAAAAAGAAAGCGUGAAGAAGUAGGAACUUUCGAAGAUACAACCCAAAACCCAACAAAUAUUAAUCCCGAAGAUCAUACGGAAUUAUCAAAGAAAAAGCGAGUCCAAGAAAAUCUUUCUACGAAUUCUCAAUCAACCGAUAUGGUUGAGGUUCAAGCAGGUCAAGUAAACACUGAGUCAUCAACCGUUUCAUCAAAGAGAAACACCAGACAAGGUAAAAGGAAGCGAACUUCAGAUGUUCCAUUUGAAAACACCGUCGAAGGAGACGAACAGAUUCAAUCCAAUAAUAGCGAUCAAGUUAAAGCUGACGAAGUCACAGAGCCCAUUCCAGUAAAGAGACAAUACAAGAGAUCGAGAAAACCCGCUAAUAAAGAAAAGAGCGAAAAAACAUCAAAGAGUACUUACAAUGAUCAAGAAGUUUCAUCUCCCGCCCAAGAUGAGCAAACAUCAGAAACAGUUCAAGAUAGUCCGUCCACGACUUCCAAUGAAACCAUGAGCACGUGCAAACCUAAUGAGCCGGUCUUGGUAACUAGAGUUGAACCAAAGAUGGUCUUCAAAAGAAGGCGACGACGUAAAGUAGCUCCGGCUAGUCCCAAACCAAAACCAAAACUUCGUCCCAUUGCACCAAAGGAUGGUUUUCCUGUUGUUCUCAAUAUCGGCAAACACAAAAGUCCUGAUAGUGAAGAUAUAGAAUAUACAACUAAUGACGUUAUAGAAAGUACUCCAACCUCCUGUGAAAGUUUUAGCAUUAGUACAAUUACACCUGAAUUUAUAACCCAACAUGACAGUAUCAACAUAAUCAAUGAAGAUAUCUCCUUUAACAAAAGAAGCGGUGGACUUCUUGGUAUUAGCAAUUUACUAAAUCCUGUAGAUGACUCUCCUUCAAGCACUUCAACUAUCUUUGAUACGUAUGCUCACACUUAUUUUUAUGAGGCUACUAAAAAUUAUAACGAUAGUAAUGACUGUUUGUAUCAGAAAUCUAUUCCCAGUAACAACGUUGUAUCAGCUCAAAGCAUCGGAUAUGGCAGUACUACUGAUACCAGUGCGGACACACCUCCUCUCCAACAGAGUUACUUUAUGGCAGAUCUAAGUCCCAAUCAAAUGACGUUUGGAGUUCCAUCGACGAAACACGCAAGUAUUAGUGAAAGUAGAUCAAAUACAUUUACAAAUUCGUAUGCUGACCAAGGAGAACUUAAUACACCUUUUUCGAAUCCUUUUAUUGUCCGUACCACAAAUUAUACGCCCUUUGUUCCGACGAAUCAAACGGAUACUAGUACUUUUACAAAUUCAUAUGUACCAAUGAACCAAAAUGAUUCGAUUCCGACGUUUACAAGUUCCUAUGAAGGCACCAGCACAUUCAAUAAUGUGACAAGCAAUGUCCAAACACCAGCCGGGAAUACUUCUAAUAUCAAUGGAUUAGAUGCACUUGUCACAGCGGCUGAAUUUGUUGAAAGAAUUCCCGGAUCUUCAGAACUUACGCCAUUUCAAAUAGAUGAUGAUGACGACGAAAUCCAGGAUGAAGCAACGGAAGAAACUUUGCAGGAUCAAUCUCAAAUUCAUGAUGCUCACGAUGACUCAUUUUAUAAUGAAUCAUGCACUAGUGGACUUGUUACCCCUUACCAAUCGGAAAGCGCGGAUUUCUUAAAUUUUUCUGAUCAAAAUACACGCGCCAGUAAUAUGUCAAGUGCUAGAACAAGUUUGAGCACAAGUUCAACCACGAGCACAAGUUCAAUCAUGAGCACAAGUUCAAUCACGAGCACAAGCACGAAUAAUAUUGUUCAAGUUGACAACGAAACAUCUGUAUCGUCAGAAGAGACGUCAGAAGACAAUGAUGCCCAAAAUGUAGAAACCGUUGCUGUUCAAUCACAAGAUGAAGAUUCGAAGGAAGGAUCAGUUACAUCAACACAGGAAACACAGGAUAUGGCAAAUACUCCAGAUACGGCAGAUACGGCAGAGACUGCAAAUUGUGAAGAACAGCUUACGCCUGGACAGUACACUGGCACAAAAUUGAGAAGAAAACGAGGACCAGUUACUGGAACAAGGAAGAAAGCUGGACGAAAACCAAAAGUCAAGGCUGUAGAGGAAGAAAUUAUACAGCCUCGAACACCUAUACCACAACCAAAUUGUACAGUCUGCCAACUCGUAAUUCCGCCGGCAAACGACCAACCUUCAGCGACCUAUAUCACACCAAAUCGUGCAAGAGAGUCAAUGUUACAUAAAGGAAGAGACAAAGUCAACCGAAUGGUGCGUUGUGGAUACUGUAGCAAUUGGUACCAUUUAGCCUGCAUGGUCCCUCCUAGGCGUACAAUGCCCACGGGCGGGUAUAUUUGGCGAUGUGCAGAUUGCGACCAUCCAUCUGGUGCUAACUCCACGGGUGAUGAACCUUCUGGUCAUUCGACCCCUGCAAGAAACUUUUAA